AUGGUCUUCCGACCUACGGUCGGGCAGUAUUGCCCUAUCGGUCUGGACGACCAGAUCACGGUCCCUCAACUGAUGACAAAGUACAACCCCGAUAAUGUGCCAGCUGACAAGGUUGUCCAUAUUGAUACCAUUGCCGACAAAAGCAUAACGUAUGGCGGUCUGCGAGAACAAGCCAGCAAGUGUGCAUGGGGACUGAAAUAUCGGUUGGGUGUGACCGAGGGAGAUAGAUUGCUGGUCCUGGUUCCCAACUCGACUGAUUUUGUCAUUCUUUGCCAUGCCACUCUUUGGAUGGGAGGAGUGUUCUCACCGCUCAAUCCAUCGUCGAUGGCGAAGGAUGUGGCACAUGCAAUAUCCCUGGUUCAGCCCACUCAUAUCGCCGUCGAGCCCAGCAAGCUAGACACCGUCAAUGCCGCAAUCCAGCAACUGGGCUGUCCAGGCAAAUCGAUCCCAACAGUCUUCACGGUCCUCAAACGAUGGGGGGGCCUCAAGUUGUUUCCCGACGACGUUGCCGGUCACACCUCCGAGGAAAUGCUCCCGCCAUACGAUCUGGGCGGCCAGUCGACGAAGAAGGCCACGGCGGUGAUUGUAUACUCGUCGGGUACGACGGGGAAGAUCAAGGGAGUCCAACUGUCACAUUAUAAUCUUGUUUCCAAUGUCAUUCAACAACGGAUCUCUGUACCGUUGCUUCUCCAUCAUGCCUCCCGAGAAGUGUUCUUUCCUCCUUAUUGUCACAUCUAUGGAAUGGGCGUGGUGGUUCUCAACAGUAUGUGGGUGGGCGCAUUCACGUGUGCUCUACCGGCGUUUGACCUCAAGCUGUUUUGCCAAAAGAUGGCCGAGUAUAAGGCCACAUGGGCUCACAUCGUCCCCCCUGUGGCGGUUCAACUGGCCAAUUCAGAUAUUGCCGCGCAAUACGAUCUCUCAUCACUAAAAACUUUGCUUAUUGCGGCAGCGCCGACCAAGAGAUCUCUCCAGAUGAGGCUGAAAGAAAGAUUCGGUGUUGAUACCAGGGUUAAAGGCUUCGGCAUGUCUGAAUGUUCUCCCACAGUGAUGCUGCAGAGUCCGUUAGAUGAUGAGCACAACAUUGGGACAGUUGGGAGAGUCAUUUGUGGAACGGAGGUUCGAUUGGUUGACCCCGUCACGUUCAAAGAUGUUCCACGAGGCCAAGAGGGCGAAUUAUGGGUGAAAGGCCCUCAAACAAUGAUGGGAUAUUUCAACAACGAAGAAGCAACUCGAGAGACAUAUGUAGGCGAGUGGCUUAGAACAGGAGAUAUCAUGCGUGUGGAUGAAAAUGACAAUUUUUGGGUCACGGACAGACUGAAAGAGUUGAUCAAGUAUAAAGGCUUUCAAGUCCCACCGUCCGAGCUCGAAGAUCUGCUCUUGAAACACCCUUCCGUGACCGAUGCGGCAGUGACAUCGAUCUACUCCGACGCCGAAGCUACGGAGCUGCCCAUCGCCUAUGUUACCCUACCACCAGAGACAGCUUCAUUGGGGACAGACCAGAGACAAACCCUCCUGGAUGAGAUUCGGGAGUGGGCAGACAAGCAAGUGGCAGGAUAUAAGAAACUGCGAGGGGGGUUGUGGGAGUUGAAUCCAUUGCCGAAAACGCCGUCCGGGAAGAUCCUCAGAAGGGAAUUGCCGUGCAAGAAGAGACAGAAUGAGGGAGGAGUUUCCAAGCUAUGA